UUGCUUGCGAGAUUCAAACUGAAAUCGAACGUGUGAAAAAUAUGAAAUUCUUGGCACUUUUGGCGCUGCUUCUGAUCUGGCAAAGUUCUGAGCUGGGCAAUGCAUUACCCAACGGUGAAGUCACUUCGUCACCGCCGGCAACACACACCGAAAACCUCAAGUUCAGUCCACGCCUUCUGGUGACGCCCGCUAAUGUCACCGAUAAUCCAAUUCAGGACACUGAGAAUCCGGUUCGACUGGCACGCAAAUUGCUGUUGGAAUUGAGGCUAUACAAUCUGGUGGACGAGGUGGUGCAGGCCAAGCAUAUAACCGAUACAUAUGGCAACGGGCUGCUCUUCGAGAUGGCCAACCCGCUGCAGGUCAACGAAGUGGUGCAGGCCUGGCUCGAUCCACCCGGAGAACUCCCCAAGAAGCUGCAUGUUGGACAGGUCCUACGCGAUUUCUACUAAGCACAGAUAUCGGAUCGGAUGUAGCAUAAUAAAUUUGAAAUUGUAUACCAAUAAAGCUGAGAGAAAGCUGCACUUUUUCUCUCGUACUCUCACUUGUUA